CUUCCAUAUCUAAAUAUCCAACUUAUCCAACUCCACCGCCCCACAAAAUUAAAGCUCUCUCAUCUUCUCCAAUGAUGACAGUCGAUGCUCAUCACCUUCCUUUCAAAUUCAGUGAAGUAGUCAUGAACAUCAACCCAGAGGAAUACUACACCACUUUCAUCUCUCCGCCGCCGGCGCCGGCGCCACCACCGUCCUUCCCUUCCGACACCUCCUCACCCUUCUCUUCUUUCCCCUCUCAAGACUUCUUCUCCCAACUCCAACUCCAACAUCAUCUUGAGAUUGAUCAUCUCAUUACCAACCAUGCGGAGAAGGUGAGGCAAGAAAUGGAGGAGAGAAGAACAUGGGUGUGGAGAAGAGUGGUAGCCAUGGCUGAAGAAAAGGUGGCAAGAAAACUAAGAAACAAAGAUGAAGAGAUAGAUAGAAUAACAAGAGUGAACCAUGCAUUAGAGGAACGCAUCAAAAGUCUGGUUAUAGAGAACCAGUUAUGGAAGGACAUAGCUCGGAGCAACGAGGCUGCUGCCAUGCUUCUCCGUACCAAUCUUGAUCAUCUUCUUGCUUCUCAGGACAGUCAUGAAGAGGAUGUUCAGUCUUGUAGUGGUGGUGGCGGUGGCGCCGGCGAGGUUGGGAGGAGGUUGUGUCGCCGGUGUGGGGAGGAAGAGGCGGCGGUUCUUGUCAUGCCUUGCCGCCACCUUUGUCUCUGUUUGGAUUGUUCUCCGGCUUUGGAUGUUUGUCCUGUUUGCAAGUCUUCUAAAAAUGUGGCGGCGUGCUGCGCACGUGAAGGACAUGGCGGGGAAGGAGGGUGGGGUUACGUGAGAACCGGACUCGAGGCUCUUUGUGAAUGAGCCACGUGGACGGUCUA